AUGUUUUCUCAACGGGUAUUCUUAGUCACUGGGGGCAAUAGGGGUAUUGGGUUCGAAAUUGUGAAAAAGCUCGCGGUGAGUCAUCCAAACGAUCUGAUUCUGCUUGGUAGUCGCGAUCAGACUCGUGGCGAAGAUGCUCUAGUACAACUUGGAUCACCUUCGAAUGUCAAAGUCGUCCAGGUUGACACAUCAUCGACAGCAAGUAUUGAACAAGUAAGACAAGAAAUUGAAAAUAAGUACAAUGGUCAUCUCGAUGUUCUCAUCAACAAUGCUGGCAUAGCACCCAAUGGGAAAUCUUCACGAGAGUUAAAAGAUAUUUUUAAUACGAACUUUUAUGGCGUUAGACACAUGAAUGACACGAUGGCAUCGAUAUUAAGAGAUAACGGACGUAUUGUUAAUGUUAGCAGUGAAGCAGCCUUACUCUCGAUUACACAUUGUUCUUCAGAUUUGAAAGCUAGAUUUCUCAAUCCAAAUUUAACAGAAACUGAAUUGGUAGAAUUAUUUGAACCCUUAUUCAAAGCAGUUGAAGAAGGAAAAGAUCCGGACACGGUUGGCUUCGAUCCUAUUGAAUAUCCUGGCCUUCGAGAUGCCUAUUUAGUGUAUUAUGCGGCGUCAAAACUAGGUGUUACCGUUCUAAGUCGUUUGGAAGCACGUGAUUGGGAUAAGAACUACUCAACAAAAAACGUGAUAAUUAGUUCUGUGUGUCCAGGAUUUUGUUCCACCGAUCUAAAUAACAAAGCAGAAGGUGCACGACCGCCUGAACUAGGCGCUGAUUCCAUUUUACAUUGUGUUUACACCGAGAACUUGGAGAAUGGACAAUUCUGGAGAGAUGGAAAGAAAUUAUCAUUGGAAAUGGACGAACAACGCAAAAAAAAUUAUGCUCGAACAGUGAAAAUAGUAAGCCGAGAUAUUGCUUAUCAGUGUGACAUCCCAACUUUGAAAACUAUGUUAAAGUGCGAACAGAUCAUUGUGCCCAAUACCAUCUGA